UAUACACUUCAAGAGUAUAUUCCUUAACUCCGAAACAUUCUUAGUUGUGUCUGAGUCUAUAAGAAUUUCAAAGGACAAGACACCAGACUGCCAGGUCAAAGCUACACGAAGUAAAAUUCCAACUGCAAUUACGGGCCCAGGUAGAUCGUCCUAACUUUUGGUCAACGAUAGGUAAUCCGUGCCAGGUGUUACCCAGGCAGGACAUGAAAGAAAGCGAACCCAUCGAGUGGUAUAAACAGGUAAAGCUCCUCGCGUGAUCUAGGUACAGCAUACAGUUGCAGCUGACACAAGCAACUGAACCAGCGAAUCAGCCACAACAUGGGCAACGUUAUGGACCGCAAGGUAUCACCCACGCCUACGCCGACUCCCAUCGAUGCCAAGCCAAGGGAACCAGAAAAAGUGGAAGAGAAAAAGGAUGCACCCAAGCUCGACACAAAUCUUGCGCUGCAAUUGUUCUGCUAUCGCCAGCAGUUGUCGGGCAAGAAUCAUCAUAUGAUGAAGUGGGCCACAUCCAAGCUGCUGCUCACCGAGAAGCUGCUCAAGCUGCAGCAGACAUAUCGUCCCUUGGCUCCCCGUUUUCCCUGGGAUAAUUAUGAGGCAACGAUGCUAACGCAGGAUGUCGAUGUAGAUGUAGAUGGCGAUGAGGAGAAUAGAGCUCCCAACAAUGAUGACCUGUCCCGAGAGCUGACCACUCUCAAGAACUAUCGCAUGGAAUUACGCGAAAUUAUUAUUAAGGUGGCACAGAAAAAGAAGACAAAGAAUUCACAGAAGAAAUUGAAGCGUUUAACUCGUCGCACAUUGAUCUCCUCGAAGAAGCCCAGCAACAAGGCACAUCGCAAGCCGCAGUACAACGAAUGGCUGCUGGGUGAAGAUGAGCCAGAAUGUCCCCUUCAAGCAGACUCUCUACAGCCAUCCGCGCAGGUGGAUUCAGAUCAGAGUUACGUGCACCCUGACGUUAUCACCAUAGACUGAUCCCCCACACGGAUCGAACUGAACAUAGACCCUAGUUUUAGUUUAAUUAGCUAAUUUAGUCGUUACACUAAUUCUAGUUGUACAUAAAAACUGUUUUUAUUUC